AUGAUCUCUACAGCACCUCUCUAUAGCGGGGUGCACAACUGGACCAGCACAGAGCGGAUUCGCAUGUGUGGCCUCAACGAGGAGAGGAGAGCCCCCCUUUCUGAUGAGGAGUCUAAAACAAGCAGCUCCCAGCACUUGGGGUCUCAGGAGUUUUGCGUCAGCAGCAGCCUUUCCAAGGUGGAGCUCACAGCAGUCAGCGGUGGUGGCGGCAGUGCCCAGGGGCUGGAUGCUGAUGGCAAGGUGGAGGAAAAGCUUGGGCCCAAACUGGAAGAGCAUCCACCUGAUCCCAACCCAAACCUGGAGUGUGCAGCAAAGACUGUGAAAGAUGAAGCUCUGGGCCCUUCAGAAAGCCAGGAGGAUGGCAGAGGGCAGGAGCCUGCCAUCCCCAGAGCUGCUGAGCAGGAGAGCAGUGGUGCUGAUGCUGCCUGGACCCCUGCAGAUCCUCCCAGUGACAAGCAGGCUGAUGCUCCUCCAGCCUGCUCCACAGCUCCAGAGAGCGAGCCCGCUGGGAAGGAGAAGACCACCCCAAGCGCCGGAGCACAAGGGCCAGGUGUGCUGGCAGAAGGGACGUUGUCUGUGGUCGUCUCCAGCUGCAGCACCUCUGCCUCCACUCCUGCUACUUUUGCUUUGAACAGAGUGUGCUUUCCCACGUCUCAGGCCUCUGCUAUGCAAAAGAUGCCCCUGUCCUUCCAGCCCAGAGCAGUUCUGAGCCCCUGCCAGUCUCUGGUGUACAUCCCACCGCCCAGCUGUGGGCAGCCGCUCAGCGUGGCCACGCUCCCAGCCACCCUGGGGGUCUCCUCCACGCUCACCCUCCCCGUCCUGCCCUCCUACCUGCACGAGCGUUGCCUGCCGGGCAUCAUUGCUUCCCCGGAGUUGCGCUCCUACCCCUACACCUUCUCCGUCACCAGGCCCUUGGCUUCGGAUGCCAAGGUGGUGUCUGUGGAGGUGAACCAGCUCAGCUGCCCUUCAUCCUCGGGCACAAGUAGUGCCCAGGCUGCUGCCGAGGGGGCUGCCCCGUCCACCACCGGAGGGGCUGCCACUUCACUCUCUCCUCUGAAGUCCCCUCCGCAGCUGGAGCGCGAGACGGUCACCUCUCCAGAGUGCAGCGAGAUGCCUCUGGAUCUCUCCUCCAAGUCCAACCGUCAGAAGCUGCCCCCGCAGCCAGCGCAAGACCAGCGCAAGACCCCCCCCAUGCCCAUCCUCACCCCCGUGCACACCAGCGGCAAAGCGCUCCUCACCACCGUCCUGUCCAAGUCCCAGCGCGCGGCCCAGGCGAGCAGCAGCGUCACCUCCUGCCUCGGCACCACCCCCCCCUUGGUCAUCUUCCCCGAGUUCCUGCGCAACGGCGAGCAGGGCUCCUGGGUGAAGAACACCACGCUCAUCAGCACCAUCCCGGGCACCUACGUCGGCGUGGCCAACCCUGUGCCUGCCUCGCUGCUGCUCAGCAAGGAGCCCGGGGUCAGCUUCAGCAGGGACCCGCGCCACCUCCCCAAGCAGGAGCCCAUUUCCAUCAUCGAUCAGGGAGAGCCUCGCAGCACCGGUGUUCCCUGUGGGAAGAAACCCAACCAGGUCAGCACGGAAGGACAGCAGGAUCCUGCCAAGAGACUUCUUCAUGGCAGAGUUGCUCCCGGAGCUCCUUUGUGUCAAUCCAAGGACAUCUCCACUUGGAAUCCUGGCCAGGGAACUGUAUACCCGCGAUGCCCCAUGAAUGGAAAACCUUCCAGCCCUCAGAUUCUGCCUCUUGGCUGGUCUCCUUAUCAUCAAACCCCUCUGCUUUCAAUUGGCAUCUCCACGACGGGGCAGCUGCCCCCGAACCAGAGCGGCUCCUGCAAGCCAGCUGGUGCAGCUGAGCUCCCGAUGUUCCCGAACGUGCCACCCGCAGAGUCCAGCACUGCCCCCCAGAGCCUGCCGGAGGGGCUGCCCAGGCUCCCACCUCAGGAACGGGAAGCUGCAGCCAGGAGCAAGAGCUGCCGGCCCUUGCCCAAGCUCUACGAGGAGCCGGGCAAUCCAGUCCCGUUGGAUGCAGGUCCAGCUCUUCAGACCAGUGCUUUGGAAGCGAAAGGUGGGAAGGGCAAGCUGGACAACCCUCAGAAGAGUCAACAGUGCAAUCAGCCAGAGCCUGACUCCAGUAAGGAGGGCAGUGCUCAGACUGAGGGUCCCCAGGGGAGCUGUAGCCUCAAACAGCUGGAUGCAAAGCCUAAGAACCAAGUGUUAGCCACGUAUUUGUCGCAUGACCUGCCGGCGGGGCAGCAGGGCCUGCGGGUGUUCUCAGAGGCACCAGCUGAGCCCACGGAGAGCCAGGGCUGCGCGGGCUCCCAGGAGCCACGCGCCCACGAGCCCGACCGUCCCACCCGCAGAGAACGGGAAGCUGCAGCCAGGAGCAAGAGCUGCCGGCCCUUGCCCAAGCUCUACGAGGAGCCGGGCAAUCCAGUCCCGUUGGAUGCAGGUCCAGCUCUUCAGACCAGUGCUUUGGAAGCGAAAGGUGGGAAGGGCAAGCUGGACAACCCUCAGAAGAGUCAACAGUGCAAUCAGCCAGAGCCUGACUCCAGUAAGGAGGGCAGUGCUCAGACUGAGGGUCCCCAGGGGAGCUGUAGCCUCAAACAGCUGGAUGCAAAGCCUAAGAACCAAGUGUUAGCCACGUAUUUGUCGCAUGCCCGGCGGGCGGGGCAGCAGGGCCUGCGGGUGUUCUCAGAGGCACCAGCUGAGCCCACGGAGAGCCAGGGCUGCGAGGGCUCCCAGGAGCCACCGGCCACCGAGCCCCCCAAGUGCGCGCGCCAGGUGGAGCUGUGCCGGGUGAAGAAGGAGCGAGUGGAGGGUGACGUGCCCGUUGCUUCCGUGACCUGCCUGCGAACUGGGGCUGCUCCCCAGGCCUUUGCCGAGGCCAAGCUGAAGGGAGGGGGACAAAUCAAGCAGGAGGGCAGCGUGCGCUGCAAGGCCAAGCGGCCACACGGCGGGGACACCCGGCAGGCCCACAAGAGACUCAAGUGCCAAGGCCAGGACGGCGAGGGCUCCCCAGGGAAAUCGGGGAGCCGGAGCGCGCAUGGCCGGAAGUGGCGGAAGCACCACGAGAGCCCGCACGAGCUGGGCGCGCGAGAGGGGCGUGCGGGCAGGGAGCACGGCGGCCUGCGGGCCAAGCGCAAGCGCCGGAGGGCGGCCAAGGCCGAGUGCCCGUCGCCGGGACGCCGCGGGGACGGCCACGAGGAAGGGACUGCUGUGAUGGGCAGGGGGUCCCUGGAGAAGAAGCCCAAGAACAACUUUCGGGAUUUCAUUCCGGUGGUGCUGAGCAGCCGGACGCGCAGUCAGUCGGGAAACAUCGCUGGUUCUUCUGCUGGUGUGACGGGAGAGUGUGAUGUGACUGGUCAGGAGAUUUUACCGUUGCUGGAGGAGGAUCAGGAGGAAGAGGAGGAGGAAGAGGAGGAGGAGACAUCCUUGAAACGUCGCAAGCUGCGAAAAUCCCACAGGACAUCACGCUGCCACAGUCGCAAGGAGGAGGAAGAUGACAGCCACAUCAAAAGGAAAAAAAGGAGACGACAGAAAAGUCAGAAAUACCAGACAGGGGAAUAUUUGACUGAGCGAGAGGAGGAGCAAGUGGGCUACCCCCACAGGCGGCGGAAAUCCAAAGCAGAUUUUCGGUACCGGAAGCAGAAGGAGCCGGCGCCGGGCGCGGAGCUGCGGCUGCGGAGCCGCCUUUCCCCGUCACCCCGCAAGUCCCAGGGGCGCCCAGACUUUCGGAAUGGCUUCUUCCUGGAGCACUCCGACAGCUCUCCUGCCCAAGAAGAGCUGGAGAAACCAUCAGGAAAGCGCAAGUGUAAAACCAAGCACCUGGCAGGGAUCUGUGAGGAGGGGAAGGGGAAAGGCUGCUGGAACCAGCCCAAGGCACGCCCUUCGAAGAAGCCCCAGGACUUGUGGACGCUUUGUAAGUCCCGUCGGGUCAGCCCAGGGAGUUCCCCUGAAUUGCCCACGACCCAGAACGUUCCUCCCGGCGCUCGGCGGCUGAUCGUGAACAAAAACGCAGGGGAGACCCUUCUGCAGCGAGCAGCUCGCCUGGGCUACAAGGACGUGGUGCUCUACUGCCUGCAGAAAAAGAGCAGUGAUGUGAACCACCGCGACAACGCCGGGUACACGGCGCUGCACGAGGCCUGCGCGCGGGGCUGGGUCGACAUCCUGCACAUCCUGCUGGAGCACGGAGCCAACGUCAACUGCAGCGCCCAGGAUGGCACCAGGCCUGUCCAUGAUGCAGUAGCAAAUGACAACCUGGAAACCAUGUGGCUUUUACUCUCCUAUGGUGCUGAUCCCACCCUGGCCACCUACUCUGGGCAGACAGCCAUCAAGCUGGCCACCAGCGACGUGAUGAAGCGCUUCCUCUGCGAUUACCUCUCGGACCUCCAGGGGCGCUCUGAUGGAGACCCUCGCAUGGCGUGGGACUUCUACAGCAGCUCUGUCCUAGAGGGGAAGGACACCAUCGGGUGUGAUCUUCUGCUCAACCCUCCAGGAAGUUCAGACCAGGAGGAAGAGGAGCAAGAAGCAGACAACUUCAUGUUUGAGUUCUCCGACAAGCCCCUGCUGCCCAGCUACAACCUCCAAGUGUCGGUGUCUCGGGGGCCCUGCAACUGGUUCCUCUUCUCCGACGUGCUCAAGCGCCUGAAGUUGUCCUCCCGCAUAUUCCAGGCCCGCUUCCCGCACCUGGAGAUCGCGGCGCUGCCCAAGGCCGAGUUCCAGCGCCAGGUGUCCCUCAGCCAGGUGCUGGUGCAGGAGGAGGUGCAGGAGAGCCCCGAGCCAGCGCCAGGCACUGCAGAGACAGUGGAGCUGGUGCACUACGAGCCCGAGCUGCUGCAGCUGCUGGGCUCGGCCGUGGAGUACCAGGCCUGGAGCAGCUGA